AUGGACGAGAUUACGCAAAAAUGGUAUUUAGGUACAAACAAAUCUGUAGCAUUGGAAAGUGUGCAGCACCUCGCACAACGCGGUUUAAAGGCGUCCUCGACUGACCCAAAUAAGUUUUAUUUCCAUAGAGAUGCUCGACUAAAAACCAUACUUUUUAAUCACGAAAAUAAAUUAUUAGUAGGGACACUUGGCAAGCGCUUAAAGUGUGCUACUUUAUAUUUCAAACCGAUAGACUCACCCUUUGCAGCAGACGAAUAUUGCGUGGAAUUGCGAGAAGUGGUUGAAAGGAAUAAUGCGAAAUUUGAGAGCCAUUUUGUCCCAGGAACACAUCAUGUCCAAUUAAAUAAUCCUGAGAGAUUAGCACCGACUAUUAUAACCUUUUUACAAAAGUAUAACUUUGUAUAA